AUGACAUUUUUCAUUUUAUUUGGUUGGAGAAUCAUUUUUCAUCAUGCUUUCAGAUGGCUUUGGAGUGGAAAUUGGUUCAUACAGGAAAAGAGUUGCAGAACAUUGUCUCUUAUUAUGAGUGUACGCCCCAAAUUUCAUGUUGGCAUUCUUUCAAAUGGGGAGGCAACAAAUAUGAAAAGCACAUUUACUAGUGCUGAUGAUGUGUUGAAGGGCCUGGUCGAAUGGCUUUGUUCUCAGCUGAAAAAUCCUUCUCAUCCCCAUCGAGCUGUGCCAGUUGCUAUCAAUUGCCUUGCCACUUUGUUAAGGGAAUCUUCUGUGAGAGCUUCUUUUGUACAAACAGAUAGUGUGAAGUUGUUAGUCCCUUUGAUCUCUCCAGCAUCUACUCAACAAUCAAUUCAGCUUCUUUAUGAAACUUGUCUGUGUGUUUGGCUGUUGUCAUAUUAUGAUGCUGCAGUUCAUUACUUGGCUUCUACUAGAAUUCUGCCGAGACUUGCUGAGGUUGUCAAAGGUUCUACUAAGGAGAAGGUUGUGAGGGUUGUCAUCUUGACUUUUAGAAACUUGCUUUCAAGGGGAGGUUUUGGGGCUCAAAUGGUAGAUCUUGGAUUACUACAAAUUGUCCUAAGUCUAAAAGCACAAUCCUGGAGUGAUGAGGACUUGCUUGAGGCAUUGAAUAAGCUAGAAGAAGGGCUUAAGGAUAACAUCAAAAGGUUGAGUUCUUUUGAUAAAUACAAGCAAGCAGUUCUUCUUGGUCAGCUAGACUGGUCUCCUAUGCACAAGGAUCCUGUAUUCUGGAAGGAUAAUAUUACAAAUUUUGAAGAAAAUGAUUUCCAG